AUGACUUCUGGAUCGGCUUAUGCAGGUUGGAUACAUGGAGCGUUUAUGGAUAGGCUGAUGAAUAAUAAAGCUCUGCGUUUGCUUCAGGAGGAAUAUGAUAUUGGUAUAGAUGUAAUGGCUGAUAGAGAUAAUAUUGGUAUAGUGGCUGACAGAGAUAAUAUUGGUAUAGAUAUAAUAGCUGACAGAGAUGAUAUUGGUAUAGAUAUAAUAGCUGACAGAGAUGAUAUUGGUAUAGAUAUAAUAGCUGACAGAAAUAAUAUUGGUCUAAAUCGAUGGUCGUUCGAAACUGGAACUGCUUCUGAAAUCACGGAGCUCAUUGCUGGUUGUAACAAUGAAUCCGUCCUCGGGAGAUGCACGCUGCUCCGCCAUCUAAAAACCACUUUCAGAUAUGAUCGUUCUGAAAAAGAUUCUGAAAAUAUUAGCCAUUACUUGGUCCACCGAGCCAUAGAUGAUGCAUAUAUCAGUAUAGACCGACGCCAGUCUUCCACUUUGCAUAUCCCAAGCUACUCAGACCUGCAAAAAGAAUACAAAGAAUCAGGAUAUACCCAUCCUUUGCGGAUUAUAAAUCGCUUUGAUUUGCUUCGUCAGUGGCUUAAGGUGUGUGACAAGAAGCAUGCAUGCCUUGACGGUGAACGUCAGGUCUGGCCAAAACGAGUUAUAUUUGUGGGAACAGAGCAUUCAAAUCAGCUGCAACUCAAACUGUCAGCAGAUAUAGAACACCCGUUUGAUUAUAUAUCGUUAUCGCACUGCUGGGGCACACCGACCAAUGAGGAGAAGGAACGAUUCUGUACCACGCCUAAGAAUUACAAUGAACGAUUGAGGGGGUUCGGCUAUUACAGCCUUCCAAAAGUCUUCCAAGACGCUAUCACAGUAACCCGAGAACUUAACAAGCAGUAUCUUUGGAUUGAUGCUCUUUGCAUCAUUCAAGGAGAUGACAACGAUUGGAAGAAGGAAGGUGUGAGAAUGGAAGAAGUAUAUUCCUCUGCAUACUGCACUAUUGCGUCAAGUUCAGCAUCAAGUUGGUGUGAAGGCUUCCUUCAUCGCAGUCAGCAAUGCAGUCUAUCAGAGGGAGCCAGUUCUAAUGAAAAGAAUAUUAAUGACUUCCGUGAGCUUGUUGAUAAAGGUCAACUGCAUACAAGAGCCUGGGCGUUGCAAGAAAGAGCGCUUUCUCGCCGAACCAUCUAUUUUACUGCACAACAGACGUACUGGGAGUGUUAUUAUGGCGUUUGUUGCGAGAAUUUCGGCAUAAUAACAUGUCCUGUUACCAGAGGAUAUCUGCUUGACCCACAAUUUCCUAAACUCCUCUUAAAUUCAGGUUAUACAUCGACAGCAUUAUUUGUCCAAGAGCUUAUCACUGACUACUCUUGUCGUGAUCUUACCUAUCCAGAAAAAGACAAGGUCAUUGCUUUUUCCAGCAUAGCUAAGCGUAUUGCAGAAGCUUUGUCUACUGAAGUCAGCUUCGGAGUCUUUCAUUGCAUGUUACCUCGGCUCCUCUUGUGGAAGCAGGCUGGCAAGCAUUUGGUUCCCAUAUAUUACAAGGACAAAAGCGUGCCGUCAUGGUCUUGGAUGUUCUAUAAUGGGAAGGUUGACUUUUUGACGCGUUCAACUCUCCUGGUUCCACAAUUUCAAAGCCUAAACUUCGACGACUCAAUGCGCAGCAUCAACAUCGAAGUUCGAGAAUUUGAGUAUCACCAUAUGUCACGAAGGGAUAGAGAGUAUAUAAUCUACGCUGAUACCGGGGAAAUCGGCUCCCUAUAUUUCGACAUGGAUUCGGCGGCUGAGAUUGAGCCUCGGAACUGUGUCGUCAUCGCAAUGAGUCAAUAUGACAAUGAGGAUGAUUCUAACAAGGAAUACUAUAUACUUGCAGUACAAAAAACAUCGGGAGAGGAAGAGUAUGAAAGGCUGGGAGUUGGGCGAGUGCGAGCAGGCUAUGUCUCGAAAGGAAGUACUUCUGGGAAGCUUCUAUGA